AUGUUAUUUGGUAUUAAAAACUUAAGAGGGGUUAUUCCGAGGAGCAAUUCAGUCUGUAGAAUUCAACAAUGUCGUCUAAAGCGUUCGAAAGCUGGCCUUUCACCUGAGGCACAGAAAGUUGUUUCUCAACUAUCGGUAUUGUCUGCAGGUAGAAAGAUGCCUCGACUAAUCAAACUAUGCAACGAGGAUUAUGUGAAACACAGGACUAUAAUGAAAGCAUGGUCAUUAGAAAGAAAGAACAAAAUCGAGCAGCAGAAAAUAACGUUAAAGAGGCAAUACGAAAGUAUGAAAAAAGCAUCUGAAGACUUGAAAUUUGCUAGUCCAAAACUUUUUACAAUAGCAAACGAGCAUGAGUAUGGUAAGAGAUUUCCAUUAGAGAUAAGAAUUCCCACAGACUAUCCUCCAAGACAGUUGUGGUACUACAAUUAUGUUCCCAGACAGAAGAAGUAG